AUGAAUUGUUUCGGUAGAAGUGUUUUGUGCAUUCCGCUUGCACGAAGCGGAAUACCCUGCAUUCGUUGUGCUCACUGUCGAUCACCGCAACUUUCGUCUGCAAGACAUCAUUCACAUUCAGCCGACCAAAGUACAUCAGCGGCCAAUGAGUAUUUGGUUCGUGCUGCGACAACACCGCAAAUACCUUCCACCCUCAAACAACUAGUAUCAGUUCUUAUCGAUGGUACCAUUCUGCAUGAACCGGGACGAUUCGUCAUAUUGAACAAACCGUUUGGCGUUUCUUGUGUUGGUUAUAAGCAGAAAAAUGGAGGUGUUUUCGGCGAAUCACGUUUUGAUCGAAGGCAUCCGAAUGACGAUGAAGAGAAUGACGAUGAGAAUGUCAAUGAGGAUGCGCCUUCGUUCCCAACCAUUGAGAUGGCUUUACCGUUUUUGGCCGAACGAUUCGGUGAACCGAAUUUAUCGUUUUGCACUGGAUUGAAGAGGUUUUCGCCAUCAAUUUUGAUUCUUUUCUUACGAAUUUGA